AUGCCACCGAGAAAUCAUCCUAUUCCUUCACAAGCACAACCAACUGUAAACAAUCACCAUCAUAAUAAUAAUACUCUAAUAUCGUCGGGACAAAACAAUAUUAAACCCGUUGAGCAAACGGUACACGACGAAGUUUCCUCCGAGCAUAUGCAUGAUCGUUUAAUGUUUUUACUUGUAAACUUUAUUGGUAUGAAUGUUUUAGUAACAGUUAAAAAUGGAGCAAAAUAUCAAGGGUUAUUAAAAACGGCUAGUACGAAUGGAGAAUUAGGUGUUGUAUUAAAAAUGGCUCGUAAAGUGUUGACGAAAGUUGAAGAAAAGACUGUACAGAAUCGUGUUAUACCGACAUACAUUAUAAUGGCAAAAGACUUAAUGGAAAUUCAUGCAUGCGAGGUUGAUUUUUCUGCAUGUGACAAAAUGUUGUCAGAGCGUGAAGGAUCAGGAGCUGGUUUUAGGAUUGAUACAGAUAUCAGUGGUCGAGCAGAGUUACGAGAACAGUCAAGCAAUGUGUCUUGGGAUCAGUUUGCAGCAAAUGAACAAUUAUUUGGUAUAAAGACAGAUUUUAACGAAGAAAUAUAUACUACAAAGUUAGACCGGUCAAGGGCUGAUUUUAAAGAACGGGAACGUCAAGCCAUCGCCAUAGCAAACGAAAUCACAAGGUCGUCUACAACAAAUGUUCACAUGCUCGAAGAACGUGGCUUUAUUGUAGAGGAAACCCAAAUGGAUGAAGAAGAAAGAUAUGGUGCAGUUGUUCGAAGUCGCGAUCCGAGCAAAUAUAUGCCGCCACAAUUACGAAAAUUACAAGAACAACAUUUACAACAGACUGGAUCAUCUCCUGCUGCCAAAAAAUCUGAGCCAAGCAAGGAACCUGCCAAAGAAGUUAUUAUAAAUCCUGAGAUCGAGACUAAACCCUUCCGUAUUCCUGAACCAGUUGCUGCUUUGCUUAAUUCACACACGCCGAAGAAAAUCGGUAUUGAUGCGGAGGCGCAAAUUGUCACGACAUUCAGGCAGUUUGCUACAAAUGAGAAAGAACGUUUACAACAAAGGAAGCAAGCAAUAGCUAGAAAGGAAAUGGAUGGAAAGAUGGCGGAAUUACUCAAGUGGGGUCAAACCUUUAAGUUGAAUUCACCGUUGCCACAAGAUCUUAUUCCUAUAUUGACGAAAGAUGAGUCCAAACGACAACAACUUGCAGCCAAAUCUGUUGCUGCUUUGAAUGAAAAGGGAAAAGAGAAAGAUUCUGAGAAGCAGAGAGAUAAGGAAAAGGAAAAGGAAAAACCGCAGGAUAAGGAGAAAGCGAAGGAAAAACAACUAGAAAAGGAAAAAGAAAAGGAAAAGGAUAAACUUAAGGAAAAAGACAAUAAACCUAAAGAAAAGGUUACCCUUGCUCAAAAUCUGGAACCAAAAUCAGAAUCUCGAAAACCAGAAAUCAAAAUUGAAGAGGAUAAAUCUCAUAAAACAAACGGAGAUUCAACAGAAUCUAAGUCAACAAACGAUAAGAGUUCUGAUAAAUCUAUAUCUGCAGCUGAUAAAGCUCCGCUACAAUUUCCUCCUGGUCGUACGACUGCUAUAACUCCGACAAAUUCACAAUUUAAACUUAAUGCAAAAGCAUCUGAAUGGAAACCUAAUCCUAAUGCGGCAAGUUUCACACCGAUAACUCCAAAUACGCAAGAUAAAAGGUCUCCAGGAUCUUCUCCAUUUUUCGGUAAUCGGCAGUUAAAGAAAAAUAUCGCUACACUCAGAGACGGAUUUACUCCUUUCCAAAAAAGUAAAAGCGUAGCUAAUCCUAGUUCAAUACCGCCAACUUGGCCAUUUGGUCAAAGACCUUUCAGACAUCAUUUUUCUGUUACAAAUAAUUAUGAUGAAGAUAUGUAUUCACAAGCCACCGUCACUCAAGGAUUUGGUUUUGCAGCAUAUCCUGUUACAGGGCCAUACCGAUAUCCUCCAAACACACAGUUUGUUGGUGUUCCACCUAUUCCAAUUCAACAAGGCGCUCCUAUACCACCAUAUAUGCAACCAGGGUUUGUCCCAGGUAUGCCUUUUACUACGGCACCUAUGCCUCCCACCGGUGCACCACCUAUGUAUAGUGCGCAACUUCCUUCAGUGAUGCCACAACAUUUUGGUUCACAAGGAUUCCCAUCUCCUGGACGUACACCAAUGGUACCCGCAACUAUUCAUCCACAAAUGUACCAACCUUAUCAAAAUCCACAUGCCAUGCCACCCAUGAUACGAUAUCCACACGACAUGGUCCAACACGUUUCACCAAAUGGUGUGAUGAUUAGUCAGAGGCCUAUGAUGAUGGAACCACAUUACUUACAACCCGAAGCUGCACCGAUGGAAGGUAUGCCAGUUACAGAAUCAACGACAAUAAAUCAAUAA